AUGACUGCAGAUUACGGUGGCGGAGGCGGUUACUCCCGCACCUCGUACGGUGCCGCAGGCGGUGAUGAUGCCGGUGGUUUUGUCUACGGAGGUUCACAAGGUGGCAGUCAGGGCGGUGGCAGAGCCAGCGGCGAAGAGUCCCUCCGACCCGUCACCAUAAAACAGAUCAUCGACGCCGAGCAGGCCUACCAGGACGCGCCAUUCCGCAUCGACGGCGUCGAGGUGUCCCAGGUCACCUUUGUCGGCAUGGUGCGCAACAUCUCGCCCCAGACCACCAACAUCACCUUCAAGCUCGACGACGGCACCGGCCUGAUCGAAGUCAAGCAGUGGCUCGACGCCGACAAGGACGACAGCGGCAAGCCCCAGUUCCAGCUCGACGAGUACGUCCGCGUCUGGGGCCGCCUCAAGAGCUUCAACAACAAGCGCCACGUCGGCGCCCACGUCAUCAAGCCCGUCGCCGACUUUAACGAGGUCAACUACCACCUGCUCGAGGCCACCUACGUCCAUCUCUUCUUCACCAAAGGCGCCAAGACGGACGCCAAUGGCCAGUCCAACGGCAACACCGGCGACAACGACAGCAUGUUCGUUGAUGACGGCAAUUCCGGCAACGGUGCCAACGACGACAAGGUGCGCCAUUGCUCCAUGAACGCCAAGAAGUUUUUCAACUGGCUGCAGCACGCCGAGGGCGGCAACGAGGGCAUCCACCUCAACCUCAUUGCCCAGGGUGCUAAGUUGUCGGUGAACGACGCCAUGGCCGCCGCCGAGGAGCUGUUCGGUACCGGUGUCGUCUACACCACUAUUGAUGAUGAGACAUUUGCCAUCCUGGACUACUGA